AUGCCUCCAAGAAGUAUAGAGGAAUGGUUUUACUACAAACUAUUGAGCAGCCCAGGUUUCCAUAGGUUUGUACGAAAGGUGUAUAGAAAAGUAAAUGGCAUUAAAGAAGACCCCUUCACCGAUCAACCAGCGGCUUUUCAAUAUCUUUAUAAGCCAACAUCACUGCAGAAAUUUAAAGCUCUGCGGCUUUUAUUUUGGGAUGAGAUGAGGUCAACUUUUGGGUUCAGAAGAAGGCUAGGCGACCGCUUUAAAUGA